AUGCGGCUGUCUCAUGUGUCCGCUAUCCAGAACCUCCACUCUUUCGACACCUUUGCUGAUGCAAGUAAGGGUGAUGACCGGCUUCCUGCUGGCACCGAGGAUUAUAUCCGUAUAAGAAUUCAACAGAGAAACAGCAGGAAGACCCUUACAACUGUCCAAGGGAUCACUGAUGAUUACGAUAAAAAGAAACUAGUGAAAGCGUUUAAGAAGAAAUUUGCCUGCAAUGGUGCUGUAAUUGACCCUCCAGACUAUAUUCAGCUACAGGGUGGUCAGCGCAAGAACGUGUGUCAGUUCCUGAUAGAAACUGGACAGGCUAAGGAUGAUCAGCUGAAGGUUCAUGGGUUUUAAGUCCUUGUGGCUCUCUGAAGCUUAAGUGAGGAUUUCCUUGCAAUGAGGAG